AUGUCUCGGCCGGUGUUGGAGAAAAAGGCCUCUCAUUGUUCCUUGGUUGGGGGUGCCGAGACGAGGUCGGCGGGCGGGAAAUCAUCUGGGCAACUCCAGAAGAUGCUGCUCAGCGAGCAUUCAGUCAAGAACAUCAAAAAAGCUGAAUCUGCGUUUGUGUAUUGCAAGAGUCAUAAGAACAACCUCACAAUUGAGCUCAGCUUGACAGGAUAUAUACACGCAACACCGCAGAUCCGUGCCUGCGUCCUCUUGGCUCUUGCCACCAGCGCUUUCGCUGGAUAUACCGGCUACGGUAUCGGCUACGGUGGUCUCGGAUACGGUGGUCUUGGAUACACUGGUCUCGGAUACGGCUAUGGUCUCGGCCACGCCUACGGUGGUCUUGGAUAUGGUUACGGUCUCGGCUACGCCGGCUAUGCUCCAGCAGUGCACACCGUCGCCCACGCUGCUCCAGCUGUCGCUACCGUUGCCCACGCCCCAGUCGCCUCCUAUGCCGUUGCUCCAGCCGUGACCAGGGUUGCCGCCUACCAUGCCGCCCCAGCUGUUGCCACUUACGCCGCUGCUCCAGCUGUCGCCACCUACACUGCUGCUCCAGCCGUGACCAAGGUUGCUACCACCUACCACGCCCCAGCUGUCACCGCCGUGGCUCACGCUCCAGUCGCCACUUACGCUGCUGCUCCAGCCGUGGCUACUUACGCCGCUGCCCCAGCUGUAACUGCCGUUCACCACGCCCCGGCUGUGGCCACUGUCGCCCAUGCCGCUCCAGUUGUUGCCGGCUACCACGCCUCCCCAGUGUACAACUACGGCGUUGGCACUCUCGGCUACGGUGCUGGCCACUACGGUUACGGUCACGGUCUCCUCGGCUAUGGCCUGAACUACGGCUACGGCCUUGGCUCUCCCUUCCACUACGGUGCCCUUCUCCGCAAGAAGAAGUUUGUACCCCCAAAACUGCAGAUCCGUGCCUGCGUCCUCUUGGCUCUUGCCACCAGCGCUUUCGCUGGAUACACCGGCUACGGUCUCGGCUACGGCGGUCUCGGCCACAGCGGUCUUGGUUACGGCUAUGGCCUCAGUCACGCCUACGGUGGUCUUGGAUAUGGCUAUGGUCUCGGCUACGCCGCCUAUGCUCCAGCUGUGCACACCGUCGCCCAUGCUGCCCCAGCUGUCGCUACCGUUGCCCACGCCCCAGUCGCCACCUAUGCCACUGCUCCAGCCGUGACCAGGGUUGCCGCCUACCACACCGCCCCUGCCGUUGCCACUUAUGCCGCUGCUCCAGCUAUCGCCACCUACGCUACUGCUCCAGCCGUGACCAAGGUUGCUACCACCUACCACGCCCCAGCUGUCGCCACCGUGGCUCACGCUCCAAUCGCCGCUUACGCUGCUGCUCCAGCCGUGGCUACCUACGCGGCUGCCCCAGCUGUCACUGCCGUUCACCACGCCCCGGCUGUGGCGACUGUCGCUCAUGCCGCUCCAGUUGUUUCCGGAUACCACGCCUCCCCAGUGUACAACUACGGUGUUGGCACUCUCGGCUACGGUGCUGGUCACUACGGUUAUGGUCACGGUCUCCUCGGCUACGGCCUCAACUACGGCUACGGCCUUGGCUCUCCCUUCCACUACGGUGCCCUUCUCCGCAAGAAGAAGUGGCUACAUGACAUGCGAGACAGUAGCACUGCGAAGGAUAAGCAGAAACACAGCGCCAAUAAGGCAUCCCACAAAACUAGAAGCGCAUCACACUUUGCGAAAUCUCACCAGAAUGUCGGAUUCAGCAGUUGGCUCAACAGCAGCUCUAAAGUCACCAUGAUCCGUGCCUGCGUCUUCUUGGCUCUUGCUACCAGCGCUUUCGCUGGAUAUACCGGCUACGGUCUCGGCUACGGUGGUCUUGGAUACGGCUAUGGUCUCGGCCACGCCUACGGUGGUCUUGGAUACCCCGGCUACGGUCUCGGCUACGCAAGCUACGCUCCAGCUGUGCACACCGUCGCCCACGCUGCUCCAGCUGUCACUACCGUUGCCCACGCCCCAGUCGCCACCUAUGCCACUGCUCCAGCCGUGACCAGGGUUGCCGCCUACCACGCCGCACCUGCUGUUGCCACUUAUGCUGCUGCUCCAGCUAUCGCCACCUACGCUGCUGCUCCAGCCGUAACCAAGGUUGCUACCACCUACCACGCCCCAGCUGUCGCCACCGUGGCUCAUGCUCCAGUCGCCGCUUACGCUGCUGCUCCAGCCUUGGCUACCUACGCCACUGCCCCAGCUGUCACUGCUGUUCACCACGCCCCAGCUGUUGCCACUGUCGCUCAUGCUGCACCAGUUGUUGCCGGCUACCACGCCGCCCCAGUGUACAACUACGGUGUUGGCACUCUCGGCUACGGUGCUGGCCACUACGGUUACGGUCACGGCCUCCUCGGCUACGGACUCAACUACGGCUACGGCCUUGGCUCUCCCUUCCACUACGGUGCCCUUCUCCGCAAGAAGAAGUCUGCAUUUACGUAUCUCCAGAGUCAUAAGAAAAAGCUCACAAGGGAGCGCUGCUUGAUCAGAUAUAUACCCGCAACACCGCAGAUCCGUGCCUGCGUCCUCUUGGCUCUUGCCACCAGCGCUUUCGCUGGAUAUACCGGCUACGGUCUCGGUUACGCCGGUCUCGGAUACGCUGGUCUUGGAUACGGCGGUCAUGGAUACGGCUAUGGUCUCGGCCACGCGUACGGUGGUCUUGGAUACGGCUACGGUCUGGGCUACGCCGGCUAUGCUCCAGCUGUGCACACCGUCGCCCACGCUGCUCCAGCUGUCACUACCGUUGCCCACGCUCCAGUCGCCACCUAUGCCGCUGCUCCAGCCGUUACCAGAGUUGCCGCCUACCACGCCGCCCCGGCUGUUGCCACUUAUGCCACUGCUCCAGCUGUCGCCACCUACGCUGCUGCUCCAGCCGUGACCAAGGUUGCUACCACCUACCACGCACCAGCUGUCACCACCGUGGCUCACGCUCCAGUCGCCGCUUACGCUGCUGCUCCAGCCGUGGCUACCUACGCCGCUGCCCCAGCUGUCACUGCCGUCCACCACGCCCCGGCAGUGGCCACUGUCGCCCAUGCCGCUCCAGUUGUUGCCGGCUACCACGCCGCCCCUGUGUACAACUACGGUGUUGGUACUCUCGGCUACGGGGCUGGCCACUACGGUUACGGUCAUGGUCUCCUCGGAUACGGCCUCAACUACGGCUACGGCCUUGGCUCUCCCUUCCACUACGGUGCCCUUCUCCGCAAGAAGAAGUCUGCUUAUGCCUGUGCGGCCCCUACAUCCCCGAGCGUGAGCUGCGGCUCGUCGUCGUUGAAGAACGCGGCCGAGAACCAAUGGUUCAGCAAGGGCGGCAGAAAGUCAAUUCCUCAAUGGCAUCAGUCACUCGACUCCGAUUUGAGCUCCUUCUCGGCGUACAUCGCCAUCCAUAGCGAGUCCGCACCAAGACCUCGAAAACAGUGGACGAAGCUGCCGCAGCAGCAGCGUCGACAGGAGCGGCGUCAGCAGCAGACAACUUGGGCGAUGCUACUGACCAGGACAGGAACGAAGACCGGGUCUGGCGGAAUCCAAUGGAAGUUUUACUGGGACAUCCACCGGUUCCUUGGAUCGCUGCCAGCCAAUGAUUCCACCCUCAUGGAGGAAAGUGGAUGUAGUGCCAUUGAUGGCACCUCUCCAGAGGAGCUGUUCAAUGGCAUGGUGCGCGGUGGAGUGGGCCAGCCCCCAGACACACCUACUGACUCACUUUCUGAGCGAAGCUCAGAGUGUCACGAGGUGGAAGCCUCACCACUGGAUUCUGGCACUGAAGAGGAACCUGCGGCCCCUACAGCAACAGCUGCAAAGAAAAAAAGGCUGGCUCCUCCCACAAGACUGCUUUCAGAAUUGUUGGAGGAGCAGCGUCAACUGCGCUGCUCACUAGAGCGCCACAGAACCGAGACUGUGGCAAUACAAAGGGGGCGGCUCGAGAUCCUGAAGCGGAGCGAAGCUCGGGAAGACAAGCUACUAGAAAUAAUGCAAAAAAUCGCUUUCGCUGGAUACACCGGCUACGGUCUUGGCUACGGCGGUCUUGGAUACGGCUAUGGUCUCGGCCACGCCUACGGUGGUCUUGGAUACACCGGCUACGGUCUCGGCUACGCCAGCUACGCUCCGGCUGUGCACACCGUUGCCCACGCUGCUCCAGCUGUCACUACCGUUGCCCACGCCCCAGUCGCCACCUAUGCCGCUGCUCCCGCCGUGACCAGGGUUGCCGCCUACCACGCCGCCCCUGCUGUUGCCACUUAUGCCGCUGCUCCAGCUAUCGCCACCUACGCUGCUGCUCCAGCCGUGACCAAGGUCGCCGCCUACCACGCCGCCCCGGCUGUUGCCACUUAUGCCGCUGCUCCAGCUUUCGCCACCUACGCUGCUGCUCCAGCGGUGACCAAGGUUGCUACCACCUACCACGCCCCAGCUGUCGCCACCGUGGCUCACGCUCCAGUCGCCACUUACGCUGCUGCUCCAGCCGUGGCUACCUACGCCGCUGCCCCAGCUGUCACUGCUGUUCACCACGCCCCAGCUGUAGCCACUGUCGCUCAUGCUGCCCCAGUUGUUGCCGGCUAUCACGCCGCCCCAGUGUACAACUACGGUGUUGGCACUCUCGGCUACGGUGUUGGCCACUACGGCUACGGUCACGGUCUCCUCGGCUACGGCCUGAACUACGGCUACGGCCUUGGCUCUCCCGUCCACUACGGUGCCCUUCUCCGCAAGAAGAAGUUUUGCCGUUGGGGGUUACCGUCAAGGAAGAAUUUCUCGUAUAAAAGAGCACGCGAAUUCAGUACUUUCAGCAGUUGGCCCAACGGCAGCUCUAAAGUCACCAUGAUCCGUGCCUGCGUCCUCUUGGCUCUUGCCACCAGCGCUUUCGCUGGCUACACCGGCUACGGCUUGGGCUAUGGCGGUCUUGGCUAUGGUCUCGGCCACGCGUAUGGUGGUCUUGGAUACGGCUACGGUCUGGGCUACGCCAGCUACGCUCCAGCUGUGCACACCGUCGCCCACGCUGCUCCAGCUGUCACUACCGUUGCCCACGCUCCAGUCGCCACCUAUGCCGCUGCUCCAGCCGUGACCAGGGUUGCCGCCUACCAUGCCGUCCCGGCUGUUGCAACUUAUGCUGCUGCUCCAGCUGUCGCCACCUACGCUGCUGCUCCAGCCGUGACCAGGGUUGCCGCCUACCACGCCGCCCCGGCUGUUGCCACUUAUGCUGCUGCUCCAGCUGUCGCCACUUACGCUGCUGCUCCAGCCGUGACCAAGGUAGCCACCACCUACCACGCCCCAGCUGUCGCCACCGUGGCUCACGCUCCAGUCGCGACCUACGCCGCUGCUCCAGCCGUGGCCACCUACGCCGCCGCCCCAGCUGUCACUGCCGUCCACCAUGCCCCAGCUGUCGCCACUGUCGCGCACGCCGCCCCAGUUGUUGCCGGUUACCACGCUGCCCCAGUCUACAACUACGGUGUUGACACCCUUGGCUAUGGUGUUGGCCACUACGGUUACGGUCACGGUCUGCUCGGCUAUGGCCUGAACUACGGCUACGGCCUUGGUUCUCCCUACCACUACGGUGCCCUUCUCCGCAAGAAGAAGUAAACCAUUCAUCUCUAAGUUGCUUGAAGAAAAAGAAGAUGGACACAUCUGCAUCAGUAUUGUGCCCUCUUCGACCACGGACACAAUUGUAUAAUAAAGAUGUGCUUCACAAUAAUACAA